GCUCAGUCGGUUUUUUUUGGAGAACGAAUAAGUAUUUUUUGAUAACUGCUUUUCAAGAGUAAAUAAGACUUCUAAUUAAGUGCUGAAAAAUGUCUAUUGAAAUUGAAUCUGCUGAUGUUAUUCGUCUAAUUCAGCAAUACCUAAAGGAAUCUAAUCUCGUGAAAACUUUACAAACCCUUCAGGAAGAGACAGGUGUGUCGUUAAAUACAGUCGACAGUGUGGAUGGCUUUGUAGCCGAUAUAAACAAUGGUCAUUGGGACACUGUGCUCAAAGCUAUACAAUCUCUUAAACUACCAGAUAGGAAGCUCAUCGAUUUGUACGAGCAGGUCGUCAUGGAGUUGAUUGAAUUACGAGAACUUGGGGCAGCUAGAAGUUUAUUGCGACAGACAGAACCUAUGGUUAUGAUGAAACAACAAGAACCAGAGAGAUACAUUCAUUUAGAAAAUCUACUUGCUAGAUCAUAUUUCGAUCCGAGAGAAGCAUAUCCAGAUGGAAGUACAAAGGAAAAAAGAAGAGCUUACAUAGCUAUGUCUUUGUCAGGAGAAGUAUCAGUAGUACCCUCGAGCAGACUGUUGGCAUUGUUGGGUCAGGCCUUGAAAUGGCAACAGCAUCAAGGACUUUUACCUCCAGGCACAACAAUCGAUUUAUUCCGUGGUAAAGCUGCCGUUCGUGACCAAGAAGACGAAAAGUACCCCACUCAGUUGACUAGACAAAUCAAAUUUGGCACAAAAUCGCAUGUUGAAUGUGCCAGAUUCUCCCCUGAUGGACAGUAUUUGGUCACUGGCUCGGUCGACGGUCUUAUUGAGGUAUGGAAUUUUACUACUGGUAAAAUCAGAAAGGACUUAAAGUACCAGGCCCAAGACAAUUACAUGAUGAUGGAGCAAGCAGUAUUGUCCAUGGCCUUUAGUCGAGACAGUGAAAUGAUUGCUGGUGGUGGUCAAGAUGGUAAAAUCAAAAUUUGGAAAGUUCAAAGUGGUCAGUGUUUAAGGAGAUUUGAAAAGGCACACAGCAAAGGUGUUACUUGUCUACAGUUCAGCAGGGACCACAGCCAAAUACUUUCAGCAUCUUUUGACUGCACAAUACGGAUUCAUGGAUUGAAGUCUGGAAAAACUCUAAAAGAAUUCAGAGGACACACUUCAUACGUCAAUGAAGUUAUCUUCUCUUCUGAUGCUCACAAUAUCAUCAGUGCAUCCUCAGAUGGCACAGUGAAAGUGUGGAGCUUAAAAACAACAGAAUGCACUGGAACAUACAAGUCACUUGGUGCUGCUGAUUUAACUGUAAAUAGCGUACACACACUACCAAAAAAUCCUGAACACUUUGUAGUUUGCAAUCGCUCAAACACUGUUGUUAUUAUGAACAUGCAAGGACAAAUCGUCAGAUCAUUUUCGAGCGGUAAGCGUGAAGGUGGUGACUUUGUGUGCGCAAUUGUGUCUCCAAAGGGAGAAUAUAUCUAUUGCGUUGGUGAGGACUUUGUACUCUACUGUUUCUCAACUACAUCAGGGAAACUAGAAAGAACAUUAAAUAUUCAUGAAAAAGAUGUCAUUGGCCUAUCACAUCAUCCUCACCAAAAUUUACUGUGUUCUUACAGUGAAGAUGGUCUUGUAAAAUUAUGGAAACCUUAAGCUAUUUAGAAACCAUAGAACUCUACAACAUACAUUUUCCUAUCAAAUCUUUUAUACAAAGUGUAGUUUAAAAUAUUUUAUGGUAACUAACAUUUUAUACUAUUGAAUGGACUGAAUGUAACUAAAUAAUAUUAAUGAUCAUAUAAUCCUAUUGUAAAUAUUUGUAACAAAUUAACUUUCGCAAGUCGUUGUAGUACAAUAAAAUAUUGUCUCUAUGACGGAUAGUACAACAU